AUGGCCUCCAAAUUCUUUCUCUGGACCAAGACCGACCGCCAUAAUGCCGCGGGGGCGUGUCGGUCAUAUCGCGUGGACGGCUUAAUCUCAGUGGACCAGUACCCGGCCGGCCAGUGGGACUCGCCCUCAGACUUGGCUGGCUCCAAGAAGCGGAAGAAGAAACAUCGUCCAAAACCUCUCCCCUUGUCCACGUGCGGUUCCCACAGCGACUUCGAUGCCUCAGCAAUCGCUCCGGCUUCCGCCCUGCACGAGACCACCAUGACCUCCGGCGCUCUCGUCUCCAAUGUCGCUACCGCGAAUGACAGGCCUCGUUCUCCGGCAUUGGACAACCCACUGCCUUCUCCCACCUUGGGGAGACCGCGCUCGCACACUGCUCCUCCGACUCCGACCAUUGCCGAGUUGCCAGGGUCAAUACUGCUGGAGAACCAGGGCUUCCCCAGCGCGGUCGAAAAUGCGGUGGCUGGCCAGGAGGGCGAUCUUGCGGCAAAAAGGCAGGCAUUUGCUUCGGCUCUCCAAGUGCCAGCCCCUACUAAAGCGACCCAGCACAAGAAGAGCCUAAGCUUGAACACUGCCACGUCGAGAUGGGCCCCGGAUGCGGCUGCAGGCUCGAGCAGAGCGCCACAUCCUCUGUUCCACCGGCCAAGCGUCGCCUCUAGAUCCAGUAGCCACGCAAGCUCGCAAAGGAAGCGGGGUGACCGCAGCGACAACAGUUCUGUGCUGCGGUCCCCCAUCACCGAAGUCACAGAAGCCUCGAGUGCAGUCGCUUUCGCUGGCUCUGAGAGCAGCAACGUUUCCGCGAAGCAGCAGCCAAUGCGGCAGCCGCAAGUUUCAGAACCCGGACAACUCAAAGCUGCUGUUGUCACCCAGGAUAAGCAGAUUGCGCUCCUCAAAUCUCAGUUCCAGCACCUGCGCAUUUCCCAUGAGGCCCAUGCGUCUACCUUGGCCGAAGCUCACCGUCGGGAGAUGGAUGCGAUGAGAGCUUAUGUGCACUAUCUUGAAGAGUCUCGCGAUUGCAAGCCACCACAUCCACACCUCACCAUCCCUGCGAGAGGUCUUCGGGGGGCCAGCCCGCAGAUAUCGCCAACUUUUGAUCAAGGCAAGGAAGCCUCUUUUCCAGGUCUAGAAGUUACUCGGACAAAGUCGGAUGACUCGAGCACCAUGAAGCGGACUGUCAACGAUCGCCUUGGCAAUGAGGCCUCGAUAACGUCGGGCGAAGGUCAAGAAAGGAUCAACGAUCUGAACAGGAGGCUCGACCUGGCAACCAGACAGAUAGCAGCCAUGAAGGAUCAAAUGGAGCAGCUGGUGGCUCGCAAGGACGCCUACAAGGACCGUGCUGCUGAUCUCGAGGUCAGGGUCAACAACAACCACGAAAUGUUGAUCGAUCUCCGCGAAUCAGAAUACAAGCUAGAGAUGGAGAGGCGCCUCAUGCAUGAACGUUACAGAGAGCUCAGAUCUGAGCUAGACGCUCUGCGGACUCAGCCUGAGCAGUCCCGCAUCGGCGAUUUAGAGAAAAGCCUCGCAGACGAACGUCUGCGCGCGGAACUGCUCUCAACACAACUGGAGACAAUGCAGCUGCGCACUCCCUUACCGAACACUAUCACCGAACUUACUAAAACCAUCGAUGACCUGAAGAGACAGCUGAAGGAAAAAGACGAACAGAUUUACGAGUUGCAGCAUGUCAACCAAGCGCUCAAGCUCGAUCUUGAAGAGAUGGACACCCAGCAAGCCAGGUUGGCCGCAGGUCAUGACGAGGCGCUUGCACAAGAGUCUCGGGAGCGCAAGGCAGUCAAGGAACAGAUCAAGCAGUUGGAUCAUGAAAACGCAGAGCUAAAGGAAAUUGUUGAAGCUCAAGGGGAGGAUCUUGUCACCGUUCAGGAUGAAUAUGAGCAUUUGAGAAAGCUCCUACACUCUGAGAUGCGAAGUCAGGCACGACAAGCUAUCUCCAGGAGCCUCAUCCCCGGAACUCCCUCCAGCGCUGAUGGGUAUCUGGAGCUCGUGGCGGCGGAGACGCGGAGGCGCGUCAAAGCUCUGAUUGCCAAGGAGAAUGGGAAGUCUUCUCAACACCCCUUGAAUGAUCCUAAAGAACAUAUCAGGCAACUGGAGCAGGAGAUUGAGCAUCACGUCAACGAACUGGUCCGCUGCAAGCGGGACAACAGAGGUUACAGGAAAGACAUCAAGCGGGCGAAUACAAAGCUUGACAAGAUGCGGAACAGUAUGUGUAGCGCCGGCAAUGUGGAGCCAAACCAUCUCCAGAGACAUCUCUUACUACAACGUCCUAUCACUCCCACAACAGACAACGACGAGAAGUCAAACAUGGAUGGCCUCGGUAUCUCAGCUGCCUUGCCAUCGCCUGCAAACACGGCACCUCCCUCUCAGCCCACGUCUACAGUCAGCGGUACCAUCUCAGACGUAUCUUUCCCGCCAGUCCCCUCCAUGAUACCCGGCCGCUCCCGCUCCAACACAAACAAGCAACUCCCACCCUACCCCUCCCUACCAGAGCAGAUUCCGGAAAACGCUUCCGAAGCCUCCGUUCCGGCAAGCGAUCCAUCCGCCAGCAACCCACCACCGCCGCCAUCGUCAACAUAUUCCCAAGAUCAGCCGCCACCGUCAUAUACUUCAAGACCCAGAACGCCUCGAACCCCAAUAUCGUACAAGCUCACCCCGACCAUCAAUGAUCGCACUCCCACUACCACCGAUCGUACGGCUUCUGUCAGCUCCAUCUUACCCAACCCGGCGGUUUCUCCCGCCAUGAUCCGAAGACCUCCCACGCAGCGCUACUACUCGUCCGAACACAACAACAACAUCACAGCCGGGCCCCCACCGCCGGCGGUGGCAGCAGCAGCAGCAGCCCCACGUGACGGUACGCAUCGCUCGCUAUCGGAAAACAUCGCUUCCAACUACGCUGCCGCCGUCGGCCCCAGCAUCGGUGGUGGUGGUGGUGGUGGUGGUGGUGGUGAAGAACAGCCCCGACCGAAGACGUCGUCAUCCUCGCCGAAGAGCGUACGACGUCGCCGACGCCAGCAGCAACAGCAAGAUCCCGCCGCCACAAGGGCGGAAGAAGCCGCCGCCGACGACGGAGAGGACGACUCCACGCUGACGGCGCUCCCGCAACGCCCGCCCAGCGGCUGGAAGGCGGAGCGCAAGUCGCAAGAGGAGAAGCUGGGCCUCAUCCGCAGCAACAGCCAGACGAUCGGGGGCGUCGGCAUCGAGGGCAUCGCCGGCAGGGCGCUGAAGCGGGCGGCGACGAGCGGCGCGAACGGCGUGAGCGGUGCGGGCGGCGGCGGGGGCGAUGGCGCGGGGAGGAAGAAGGGCGGUAGUAAUGCUGCUGGUGGGCUGGGCGCGCAGGGCGUGGUCAGUCGGUUUAAUCAUCAUUCUUCUUCUUCUUCUUCUUCUGCGAUGAAGAAGGGAGGUUUGAGGGGCAGAGCGGGGACGACGGGGGGGAUUGUUUGUGAGGGUGAGGAGAGGAGGAGUUGGCGGAGGGGAGGGGAGGUGGUCGUGCCGGUUGUGUUGGAGGGCGCGGGGCGGCGAGUUUGA